GCAAAUAGGAGCUCUCCCUUCCCGGGAGUAUGCUACAUUCAUCGUAUACCGCCGAAAACCGUCGACAAGCAUGUGCAUAUUUGACACCCACUCACACAAAGAGACUUAUGGCCGUACAUGACUCGAAAUUGCUCUCCAGGGUGUGGACCCUAAGCCAGAGCAUAAUAUCUGUCCAUACACAUUUAUUAGUAAGCAAAAGGGACGAGAUCCACAAUGUGACCUUUUUUGCCGAUUUCUCUUGCCAUUACAUGUCUGCACCCUAACUGGACCCAUCCUCCAAAAUGAUGCACCAACCAAACGACAGUUCACCCAGAUCAGUCUCCAUAGACGAAAAACCGUACCAAUCCAACAGUAACUCCAUCUCUUCUCGAAACUCCAUCACUUCAAUCCUGUCAGGCGUCUCUAGAAAUGCCCGUGACAUAUAUCCGGGAUUGGCGGACGAGGCAAUCAACAGAAAGAGGAUCCAAACCAGGUCAUCGAUCAUCGACACGCUACUGGAAAGAGCCAGCAGAAUGGUGUCCAGAACAGAGCUCUCGGAUGAGGAGAAACAGGUAUGUGCUGACGACGCGGAAGAUGACGAAGAGGGGCUCCCUAUUAAAAACAACGGGACUGAGUUUGCCUCCUUAGACCCUGAGUUGGUCACCUGGGACGGUCCCGAUGACCCCGAGCAUCCCAGAAACUGGCCUCUGUGGAGAAAGUGGAAGGUCACCGUUCUCGUUUCACUCUACACGCUUGUUUCGCCAUAUUCCUCCACGGUUAUUUCACUCGGUGUGGACACCAUUGCCCACGAGUUUCACAUUGAACGAACCUAUAUGAAGGCUCUCAUAGUGUCGAUUUCUGUCCUUGCCUGGGCAGUAGGCCCCUUGUUCGUGGGCCCUCUUUCAGAAAUGUACGGCAGAAAGGUCAUGUUGAACUAUUCCAUCCUUUUCCUCUUGGCCUUCAAUUUUGGCUGUGCCUUUUCUCAAAACACGGCCCAGAUGCUUGUCUUUAGAUUCUUCGCAGGACUUGGUGGAGGUACCCCCUUAUGUCUUGGUGCCGGAGUGUUAGGCGAUUGCUUCGACAACAACGAUAGAAACGUGGCGAUGGGUAUUUUCUCUCUUGGACCGGUGCUCGGCCCUUCGUUGGCUCCGAUCUUUGCUGGCUUCAUCGUGGAGAACACUAACUGGCGCUGGCUCUUCUACGUCUGCUGUAUGCUAAAUGGGGUGGUGGCGAUAUUUGGCUUGAUUUUUUACGAAGAAACCUACGCCCCGACCUUGUUGAAAUGGAAAGCAGCAAGGCUCAGAAAGCAGCAUAAUAACCCGAAUUUGAAGUGUAUCUACGAGAUUGCCGACGGUGAGACUGUCGCGGGGAGGUUCUAUAUCAACCUUACGCGCCCAAUAAAAUUGCUCUUUUUGCACCCCAUGGUUUUCGGGCUUGGGUCUUUUAUGGCGUUUGUCUACGGGUUCAUGUACUUGAUGAUUGUCACGGUACCAGCCCUCUGGAUUACCGUUUACGGGUUCAACUUAGGGAUUGCGGGAUUGCUUUUCGUUCCGAUGGCCAUCGGAUACUUGACUGGGGUUUUGUUCUGGACCUGGAUGUGUGACCGAGUGUACAAAAAACUCGUGGCAAAUAAUGGAGGCGUUGCCAAGCCCGAAUUCAGGCUACCAAUGUUGUUGUACAGUGGGGCCAUCAUUCCGGUGGGGCUCUUAUGGUACGGCUGGUCGGCUCAGAAGAAGCUCCACUGGAUGAUGCCGUCGGUGGGGACUGGUAUGUUUGCGUUUGGCCUCGUGGCAGUGAUGCUAAGCAUCCAGAACUACUUGGUUCACAUGAACCCUCAGUUUGCCGCAUCUUCCGUGAGUGCGGCCUCGUUGUUCAGAUCGCUCGCUGGGUUUGGGUUUCCGUUGUUUGCCACCCAAAUGUACGCAAAGUUGGAUUAUGGGUGGGGCAACACUUUGUGUGCGUUUCUCGCGUUAGCCUUGGGAAUCCCGUUUCCGGUGUUUGUUGUGACCUAUGGUGAGAGGUUGAGGUUGUGGGCGAACAAACGGUUUGAGAAGGAUAUCGCCGAAAGACAGCAGAAAAACUUAAAGCGCUUGCAAGCUCAGAACGAAGAGAAGCAACAAAGAGGCUAAAGAUUCGUGUGACACGCGGAUGACCCCUGUGCAUAUCUAGCAACCGUCCUAAACCAAUCUAGGCUUUUUUUUAAAAAAAAAAAUAUAACAAGGAAUAUGACUGAG